GACGUAGGCGCACGUACCGAAGCGCUCGAGCGAUAGUUACAUUGAAGGCUUUUGUAGUUUCAGAUAAUGAACUACAUUGUUUUAUCCGGAUCGGAGCUUUCGCGUCUUCGGUCAUCUCCAUAAAAGCUUUGAAUCGGUUUGUACCGGGAUUAGACAUUGUGCGGAUUUAGAUCCGACUUUCUCUCCGGUUGUUUACACGGGACAGUGUGAACAGGAGAAAUGCUCUUACUGUAGGAUAAGCUUUUGAUUUAUUUUGUCGAAAGAAAAGAAAUCUCCUUAUCUGCUCUGGGAAUGGCUGAAGCGAGAGUUGAGGAUGAAGAGGAGACUUUUAGAGAGACGCGAGAGGCCGGCGGCACGAGACGAAACGCUCGAGCGCCCACCGCGGCUUCAGAUCGAGCAGAUAGGAACAAGCCUGAGCAACGUCAGUCCAGCACGCAGGGCGCGCUCUCGUCGAUCAGAGCUGUGAUAAAAAGAACGUCCACCAGAACAGCUGCUCCGACCGACCAAACCAGAGAGAGACGGCGUCCAGAGAUCACAAUUCUCGCAGCUGAACCCCUGGCUUCAAACUCCUGGUUUCCAGGGACAUCUGGGGCGUUUCCUAUGGCUCCGCCCCCUGUUCAACCGUCCUGGACCAGUUCUGUUACAGUAGAGCUUCCGCCACCUUCGUACGCUCAGGUGAUUCGAGAGAAAAGCCGGGAGCAGAAUACCCACGCGUCCUCGGUCUCUUCCUCCGCCUCCGCCUCAUCACCCUCCUCCUCAUUAUCAUCAUCAUCAUCAUCCUCUGCUCCUCGUCACACUGCCACCAUCUCCACACAGACCGAUCCGGAGGCUUCUGAGCCGCAGAGCUGUACCAAACCAUCGACGCGCCGGCCCCCAAAACCGCCUCGUCCGUCCCUCCCUCUCGCUCCCAAACCUGCUGAGCCGGUACUCUCCCACACACACUCUUUGAUCGAGCUGGAUGUGCCUGACCCACCCUGUUCCUCACACACUCCAACACACCCUCCUUGUGGCGAGCAGUGUGGCAUUCAGACUGAAUUCACUCCUGCACCGAAGCCCUUGACUCCUAUUAUUCUUGACACCUCCCAUAUGACCAAUAAAACUCAAUCUCAGGCCCCGGGGAAACAGGAGGUUUCAGCACGCCCCAGGCCACGCCCUCGCUCCAAAGCAUUUCUGCCAUCAGUGAUUAAAGAGGAGGUUCAGGAUCAUCCAACAACAAGAGAGGUCAAAGUUCAGACCUUGGUGCGUCUUAAAGACAAUGGCACCGAAAGCGUUUUUUCCGGUUUUACUGAAACGUCUUUAGACACCACAUCAAACAAGUAUCUACAGGACUUGUUGGACGUCUUCGGUUGUGAUGAACCAGCCAUCAGAGACGAACAACAUGAUGAAAGUGUCCCUAAUAACAAGAACGCCGAAGAGGAAAGCGUCGCUUUGGAAAGCUGCUCGGUUUCCACGGUUGCGGCCGAAUCUUUGGAAACCAUAACAAGACCAGAACCACGACCACGAACCCAGAUUCCCAAACAACGCAUCUCCAUAAAACCAAUACCGAGUGUGGAGGAGACCAUAACAUCUUCAGAAGAACAAAAUAAUCCAGUGGUUCAUCCACUUCCUGCUCCGAGACCUCUAGUGAAAAAGGUGGUCGUGUCCCAGGAUCAGGGUUCCUCAGAGGAGAAGAGCGAGCGUUGUCCUCCCCGUCUGCCCCCCAGACCGGCGCUAGCUGCACGGGGGUCUGGAGUAUCCACCCAGGAAGAUGGAGCUCAGCCUGCAGAAGUGCCCAGUAACCCUGGGAAGCCUGUAACAAUCACAUCUUCCAGCAGAGGCAGAGGAAAAUGUCCAGCUAAACCUCCAUCACACAGGAGGCCACCACCCCCAUCGUACACUCCUGCACACACUCCUGCACACACUCCUCCACAGAUCUCGUCAGGUGCAGUCAGUUCUGUAAGCGUUAGCAAAUCCAGCCCAUCCCUACCACACCAAUCCAGUGAGGGUGAGCUGCUUCCUCUGCGUCCUCCUCCUAUCAAGUUGAGCAAACCAGCAGGUUCCUCUGUGAAUCCUGCUAAAAACAAUCAGCACUCGGGUUCUAGGGGGGCAAAACGAGGACCACCGCUUCCCCCGAGACCAGUGCCUGGGCAUCCUCUUUACAGACACUACACAAGCAAAAGCCCUCAAGGAACUAAUAAAGUAAACCCCCCUAGCAGUGAGCCUGGAGAAUCCCACCUACAGAAAGAGAAGCUUCUUGUCGUUCUCGACGAUGCAGCGACCAACCAACAACCAACAGAGACACCAGGAUUCCCAGGAAGUGUGAAAGGUAAACAUCAGGACUCAUCGUUAGAAGAACCCGUGGAGGAGCAGACGGAGGAGCAGCAGCCUGAGACAAACACCAGUGUCCGGUAUAGAGCCCACUUCGCGUUUAACGGUGAAGACGGUGAGCUGACGUUUCGUGACGGCGAUGUCAUCACGUUAAUAGCGUAUGUAAAUGAGGAGUGGGGGCGUGGCAGCCUUAAUGGGCGAACAGGGAUUUUCCCUUUGAAUUUUGUCCAGCUCGUUCAGGAAAAUCCCGAAAAGAAACCGACAGCCGAGUCACAUGCACCUGUAGUUCGUGUAUUAGAAGGACAGACGGGCCGAGCACUUUACGACUUCACUCCUGAGUCUGAAGAUGAACUCUGUCUCAAGGUCGGGGACGUGGUGUCCUCCCUGGAGGAGGUGGACGAUGAAUGGUUUGUAGGGGAACUCGCCGGCCGACGUGGCAUCAUCCCAAAAAAUUACAUACAGCUGCUUUAAAAGCCAGUCAGGACGCAUACAGUGAAAAGUAUUUUCAUGCCAAAAACACCAUGAUGUGUGUGUGUGUGUGUGUGUAUGUGUCCCAAUCACCUCCGUCUACUUUUACUGAAACAAACUCCAACACAAUCAGAUGCACUAUGGUAGUAAACACAAUACUGACUCACUGAUUGAGUCUUAAUCCUCCUGUCCUGUUCUGUUCAUGUACAUGUUAUGUAACAUCUGUUUCUGCUGCCCAGUGGAACAGGGCUACGUCCUCACAAAGACCUGUGUUCUGAGAUCAUGCUUAAGGACUGGGUGGAGGCUGGAUUCUGAUUGGUGGAUCAAAUCUUAUUGUGCAUUGCUAUAAGAAUGAGGCAACGAUUAAGGAAUACUUUUUUCCCCGUGGACAUAAAUGGCCAGCAUUGGUUCUGCAUAGGAGACAUCGGCGGUUGUCUUAGUCAUCGAUCGUUAAAAGGACCUGGUGAAACUAAAGGCGGGAGAUGUACAGAAAAACUGUAUGUGUUUUUGGGAAACGUGGAAGCUGAACUGAAAAACUGUCCCCUCAUCAACAUCAUAUGUGCUUAUGCCAACAGCGACCAGUCAUACAGUAUGUGAUUGCUUUUGUGAUGCCCGAUCCGAAGUAGCUGCCGGCUCUUGCCAAGCAAAGACAAGUGCAAGGGGCAUGGGAAGAAAUUUGAAACCACCCUGAUAUGGAGAAGGAGGUGCUGUGUCAUUACUGAAGCUGCUGUAAAUGCCAAACGAGAGCGUUUUGAGAUCCCAAAGACUCCAGAGACAGGCCUGGUUACCUAUGCCUUUAAACUCCAAACCCACUAUCAGGCACACAUUGAGAGGAUGUACGAUGGCAAGUGAAGGAAGAAACGGUUAAACGGUCGCAGGAAUUGGUUUAAUUCAAAGGAUUUAGGAUGACCACAAAGCCAACAUCAUAAUAUGAUUGUCCAGUCUGUCAUCCCCAAGCCAAGCACUGAUACCAUAGCGUUGUGUAACUGGACUGUGAAAUGGCAUAUAAUUUGACAGACUAACACCAUUUUAGAUUUUUUUUUUUUUUUUUAAGAUUUUAAUUUUAAUAAUUAAUUUUUUUUUUCUUUAUGGAUACUUUUCGAUGUAGGUUACAUCUACUGUACUAAAUGACACUGUGAAUAGUGAUCACCCACUGAAACUCCUGUUUAGUCUGGAACUUUGCAUGAUCUGUGGGGGAAAUGACAUAAAGCCUUUAUAAACCCAAAAUAAAUCCAGAUGACUUACGAUAAA